CUCUUCCCUCCCACACCGAGACCCGCCCUGAGAAACCACAACGGCGGACCCACAUGAUAAGAACACCGCGGACCCGAGAGACAGUUAUCCGAAACUUCUUCACGCCAGGCACGGUAGGGGUUCCAAAGGCGGUACUAACCCCGAGAGGAGCAGCAGGGGUGGACGGACAGGAUAUACUGGCACGCAUUACGCGAGGUAAUGGCCGAAACCAACCCCAUUGGAAGCGCUCACGUCCCCCGACACUUGCGAGCGCUGGGUGGCCGGUCAUACGGAGGAAAGUACGGCCAGCACCCCUACCCGUACGCUUCGAUCGAUCGAGAGCUGGCGGCCGCGGCGGUGGUAGGAGACGACGAGGCGCGGCGAGAAACCAUGAACAUAAGAAGCUCUUCUCGGCGGGGACUGGCGGCUGCUGCCGUUUGUGUUGGCUUCGUCGCCGCGGUCACCCUUUUCGCCAGGGUCGACCCACAGCAGUCGACAGGAAGCUCGUACCGCGGGGUGCUGAAGCUUGACAAGGAAGGCCGCAGCGUCCGGGGCGGCUCCUCGAGCGGGCUGACCCUCGUGGCUACCAACGAGUACGGCGAGUACGACCGGGGAGCGCUGGCGCUGUAUGGGUUCGAGAUGCUGGUGGAACCCUACAAGGAGACCACGAUCUCAGUGACCGGUUCUGCGUCCUCGUCGGGAAGCACCUCGUACACGUGGCUGCUCGUGCGCGAGGACGACGACGAGCCCGAGGCGGUCGACCUUGAGAUCGUCGAGCAGAACGACGCCCCGAGCGGCUCGUCGGUCAAGGUCACGCUCAUCGAGGCCGGGGCGACCUACUCGUUGCGCGUGCAGCAGCGGGAGCUCGCCCCGGAGGGCGGCGGCGACGCCUCGGUCCCGGUCGUAGUCUCCGAGAAGACGAUACAGGUGACCUGCAGGCACGUGCGGCGGGAGCUCCGGGACCUGACCUCCGCGGACAGGACGGCGUUCUUCUCGGCCAUGCGGGAAUUCUACACGGUCAACCUGGAGGCCGGCAAGGAGAAGUACGGCAAGACGUUCGCCAACUCCAAGAUAAUGAGUACCUACCACAACUCGCGGAACUACUGUUUCCACUCGGGGAUGCACUUCCUCAACGCCCAUGCGUCCUUCGACCUGUGGGCCGAGCGGUCGCUGCAGAUGAUCGACCCUACGGUAGCGAUGCACUACUGGGACUUCACCAUCGAUGCCGCCACCCUCGGACCAGAUUGGGCGGACAGCGUAAUUUUCAGCAACGACAUGUACGGGUCGGCACUGGGAUCCCCCGACAAUGGCUACCAGAUCUCCGAGGGCUGGUUUGCCGACGUGAAGUCCAUCUACGACCCGGACGAGACGUUUUUGCAAGAACAAAUCAACCCUGGCCACAGCGUCUACGGAUACAUUGACGCGAGGUACAACAUCCAGGCCGUGGAUGGGGUCGCUCGUACAGCCUCAUACUGUGGGGUGAGGGGCGAGUUGGAGUUCGCCACGUGUAAUGUACUCAUCAACUGCUUCGAACAAAACGACAACAUCUCUGAGUGGAACGAGUGCAUGGAAAAUCAGGUCCACGCGGCAAACCACGGAAUGAUGGGAGGAGCGUUCAACUGCAACGUGGACAUGGUGCAGUUCCAGGAGGAUCACCCUGUGUUCAAAGCAGGGCUGCUGUCCUUCGCGCUGGAGUACAUCCUCGUCGGCAUGUGGCCGAGCAACUCCUUCAUGAAGAGCCACAACACGUGCGACACGUCCUGCACCGUGGGGCAGACACAGGACUGCGGGUGCACUUGCGACACCGAUUUCUACGACUGGUCUGACGACGAGGUAUACGACUUGAUGGAGUCACAAAUGGAGACGAUGAACAACAGAGCUCACGGCAACAAGUACGUCUACAGGGACCUCGGCGCCACCUAUCAGUACGGCUUCCAGCAGGACGGAGUUCGGCUGGAACACGACGACAACAUGCUGCUCAUGCGCACCCUCUUGACGCUCGGCUGUGAACCGGGCGCUCUGGGGGCAAUGAGCGUCGGACCCAGCAUCCUCGACCCAGUGUUUUGGGCACUCCACCCGAUCUUCGAAAAAGCCACGCAGCUCUUGCAGCUUUCCCCGACCUACAAGGAUACUUACGACUUCACGUGGGUCGGGAUUGACUGCGGCGACGGCGUGUCCGGCGGGCAGGUGGACGAGACCAUGCCGUUUACAGAGCGGGAUUUCGGCUUCGGCGACGGCGACGAGCCCCUGACGAACCAGGAGAUCAUCGAUUUCCUGUUCCCGACGAACCCCAGGCUGCCCUACGUGUAUGACAAGUUCGACUCCUGGGGAGUCUGCACUGAUUGGGACUUUGAAGUGGCUGCGACUUAACAAUGCCGUGGGUGUGUGCCAUCCAGCUUGACAAAAUGUAGAACGCCGGGCUGUGCUUUGAUUAUGGGCUCGAGCUUCUCGUUGGUCGCCAGUGAGGGACACGCCGCAGGUUGACUUGCGAACACCCGCGCUGUAUGGGCCCCUGCCAGCGAUGUAUGUGGUGUCUUGCUUUUGGUGAUGUUGACGUUGCGGAGUCCGUUAUUCCAUUUUCCUUCGAUAUCUACCCUCGUGACACACGACACUCGAGCGCUGUCUGGUGUCUUCGGCGUAAGUACAAUUCAGUUAAUGUUUGGGGUGAACCACCGCUGCACAGACAGAUGGUUUACCGCCGUAUCCACGACGAUACGCAUACAUCCAUCCGUCGAUCCUUGUGAGAAUGUUUUCUGACGAGGACGCGGGCAAUGCCUUAUAUCACCACUUUUUAUUGGCGGCAGAUUCGGCGCGAGGUCCACCGCAAAAGGUGGCCCUACAUAGUUGCAUGUCGGGGCAAGAGGAGAAUAUGCUAUUCAGGGGAUUGCCACUACUGUAUGCAAAAUCGGGUUUAUGUACAUGUUGAGUUUGUGACCAGAGAUUUGGUGCCACUAUAAAUAUAGGCAUUUCCACUGGUCAAGUUGCCACUAUAUCAGGCCGCUUGCUGUACCGGUGCCUCCUCGCAAGGGCAGAAGGAAAUCAACUUGGGUUCCCUGGAUCGUGGCAAGACCGUUCCUCGGUGAUUGUGUAGGGCGUAUCGUGGCUUUUGUGAUGUUUGACGAGGAAACGGUUUUCAGGUGUGAGAAACGGCGCGUGAGAUGGUGUUCGCGGUGACGUACUCAUUGUCGUGCGUGUUUGUAUUUGUGUAUUGUAUUUGUACACUUCAUAAUAGUCUAGACUUCAGUCUAAACCCCCACUCGAUUUGCCAGGAUGUUCUCAUCGUCACCUAUUGUGCAGACACAUGUCCUCAGUCGCAGCGGCGUUGAGAACAGGUCAUGUCUAUUCGGGAGGCCAGGAUGCCACGAUUCCUAGCCGUUGUUAUAUCUACAGCAGUUCAUACCAUCGCAACAUUUCAAGGAUCUAUAUGCUAUCCAGAGGGAGUUGCUUUCGUUGUGUUCGGAAGCAGCGUGUGAGAAUGUGAACCUUCCCCAUGCUGUAUCUAUGCCUCACGACCCUUUGACGAUAGCUCUGUAUGGUGUUUCGUCUCUCCUUGCCGUUUCUCUUUCGAGAUUGGUGGUCAAGGAGCUGUCGUGCAAUGCUCCUACAUACGAGAGCACGAGAUUCCAACUCUUCGAAACCAAUUGUCCUUCUCUGUUCUAGUUGUUGUUGUUGUUGUUGUUGUUGUUGUUGUUGUCUUCACAUUCAACACCCGUUCCGGUCUCCACCCAGUACCUUAUAAUGUCCGUACUGGUCUAACUGACGAGGAUGCCUUUCGUGGUCACGAGCCAACUGCCCCCCGUAGGGUUGCGAGGAGAAAAUUCACCUUUCCACCAUGCAUAGUUCCGACGUACGGGAACACUAUUGCCCGUUCUGUUGCUGUUGCUUUUCGCAACGCUUCACUUGGCUUAAGUAGUCUUGUUAAAACAUCUGCUUCUUGAAGCUGCGUAAUGUUCGCUUCAUUCCAUUUACGUCUGCGCCACAGCCGCUACCAAAGGGGAAACGUCUCUAAAGGAAAAUUGUUAUUGUUGCAGCGUCGACUGAUCCGGGCGAGAGCUACGCCGCCAAAAUUAUUUUCGUGUUUCCUUCGUUCUUGUUUUUUCAAUGCUCAUCUGUGCAAGUAUGACAUACGGAGCAAUUUUGGUCAAAGUGCGG